AUGUCGUCUCUGGAGAACGGUUUUUUUGACGAGGAGAAAGAGUUUGAGAGGAAGAAGCGCAAGAAGUUUCGACAUCUGAUGAAUCAUCCCGAGCACUUCCUCCUCGGAAACGCGCUGGAAGAAACAACAUUCGAGGAGGACGUGCGGGGGUGGCAGAAGAACCAGCACCAAAAAAGCGACAAAAACGAGAGCGGGAAAUUGGCCCCGAGGGAUUUUGUGCGCGAACUGUUCGCGGGACCUCGCACAGAUAAAAAAAUGGUCGAGGUGCAACUGUCUAACAAGAAGAAGAAUGCGUCGGUAUCUUUUUCGGGGUCGACGUACGACCGAAAGUCGACACGGAUGGACAUCGACGAUUUCCUGCGUCACCGUGUACCACCCGACAGUAGUGGCGUGAACUUUUUGGGAGAAGGGCAACACUCGUUGUAUCUCGCGCAGGAAGACGUGCCCGAGGCGAUGGCGAAACAUUUAGAUUCGUUUAAACCGUACGCCGAAGGUCUCAAGCGAUACGUAUAUAAGAGAUGGAACGUAAGACUCAGUGCGAACAUCCAAAGACGCGUGUGGAUGAACCAUGAACGCGUGGAAACGACGCCACAUUACGACGAUUACGAUAACGUGUUAUUCGUGUGGACGGGGAGGAAGACUGUACAUUUGAAAGCGUUUCGUGGGGAUGGAUUUCAUUUUUGCGUUGCGAAUACUGAGGUUGCGAAUCACGCCCAUCCGGAAGCUUUACCAGAUCCUGAGAGUUACGAGUAUACGUUUGUUGUGAAUGCUGGGGAAGCGGUUUUUAUUCCGAUGGGAUGGAUUCACCGCGUCGAAUCGGAUGAGGGAACGAUUGCUAUCGCGCACGAAAUACAAGACGCUCUGAGUAUUGAGUUCAUACAUAACACGGUCUCGCGUUUGGACUACCCUUGGGAUGAAAGCUUAUACCUGGUGCGAAGAAAAAUUGAAAGCAAAAUCGACUGGAAGUUUACUUCGCUCGUAGCUGAGUUGAUAGAUUCAAAGAACGAAGAGAUAAAAACGCGAGCGAAGAUUACUCACGAAAACGUCGCGUACAUAAAGAGUAAAUGCGAGGAAGGAAAAGAGGUCGAGUUUGAAAUUAAUAAUCCCGAACAGCUCAUGGAGAACGUUUCGCAAUCUUGCGCUAUACUCGUAGACGGAGGAAAAGAAGAAGGAAUAGACGACGAAAUCCCAAAGUAUCGAAAAGAUGUGCUCGCAAUGAACCCUUUGCAAGCCAAACUGCACACGUUGCAACUCUCUUUACUCAAAGACUAUCUAGGCGAGAGUAAGUUUGAAAAGUGGAUCGGCGACUGCUCUCUCAAAUACGCCGAAUCGCGAGGUCCAGAGUGGAAACGCGAGGACACGUGCAAGUCCAUCUUGUGCGAAAAGGUGUACGAAUACGAUUUCCAUCUAGCGUGCGAAGCCGUCGUGGAACUCGCUAGGCGUCGUAGUAGAAACAAAGAGCACGACGUUAAAAAAGAAGUCGACGACUGCCCGGGGUCGUCGUCGUCGUCCGUCGUGGAAGAAUACAAGUCGUUGAGCUGGGAUUAUAAGCUCAUCGGCGGAUGGCCGAGGGGUAGCAUCAGGAAGCCGUUCGAUCCGCACGUCGCCGCGUUUGGUCUCCUUUAG